AAAUUCAAUAAUUAAUGAAACACCACUAUAACAAAGAAAACUGUGAGGACCUCCAAAAAAAAGCUAUCAAUUCAUGUGAGAUUUAUUAUAUUUUUUAUUUUUUUUUCCAAUAAUUAGUUAGUAAAUUUGAAAAUCAGUUAGAAGUCCUCCCAUUCACGUACCUUUUUCCAGUUCCGCCUGCCGACAUCUCUAGUACGAAGUAUGAACUCAGCCAAACACACACACACACACACUAGACCGCAAAUUUUGGGUCAAUCCAACGACAAAACCUCUAAACAAAUAUUAAUUCAUCAUUAUCGUCUGCUUUGACUGGAGAAUUUUUAUAAUGCUAAAAAUGGAUAGUGGGUGGAUGCUAAUUAGUUAUUUAUAUGUGAACCCAUCUCAACACUAAUUCAUCAUCAAACUCAGCAACUGUAAGUCAUAGCAGAGUUUUCAAGAAGAAGAAAAAAAAAGUUUCACAUAAAGAUAGAAAAAUGGGAGAGAAGAUCUUGAUCAUCGGUGGAACAGGAUACAUCGGCAAAUUCGUAGUUGAGGCCAGCGCUAAAUCUGGGCAUCCCACUUUUGCUUUGAUGAGAGAGGCAUCCCUCUCUGAUCCAGCCAAAUCCGAGCUCGUCGAAACCUUCAAGAAAUCUGGUGUCACCUUCCUAACUGGAGAUCUGAAUGAUCACGAGAGCUUGGUGAAGGCUAUAAAGCAAGUGGAUGUGGUUAUAUCAACCGUGGGCUUCAUGCAGAUUGCUGAUCAAUAUAAGAUUAUUGCUGCUAUUAAGGAGGCUGGAAAUGUGAAGAGGUUCUUACCUUCAGAAUUCGGAAACGAUCUGGAUCGUUGCCGUGCUGUGGAUCCCAUAAACCAAAAUUUCCAACUCAAGGUACAACUCCGCAGAGCAAUAGAGGCAGAGGGCAUUCCUUACACCUACAUCGUCUGCAACUUGUUUGCUGGCUACGCCCUCUCCAAUUUCCUGCAGCUGGGCGCCACUGCUCCUCCCAGAGACAAAAUUGUUAUCCCCGGAGAUGGAAAUGUUAAAGCUGUGUUCAACGAGGAACAUGACAUUGGUGCAUACACCGUGAAAGCUUCGGUUGAUCCCAGAACAUUGAACAAGAUCCUCUACAUUAAGCCUCCUCACAACAUAUAUUCAUUCAAUGAGUUGGUUGCCUGCUGGGAGAAGAAGAUCGGCAACACCCUGGAGAAGAUAUACGUGGCAGAGGAUGAGCUUCUGAAGCAGAUUGAAGAGUCGCCGAUGCCGGUGAAUGUGAUAUUGUCGAUCAACCACUGCAUUUUUGUGAAGGGUGAUCAGACCUAUUUUGAGAUCGAUCCGGCCGUCGGGGUUGAGGCUUCGCAGCUCUAUCCUGAUGUCAAAUACACCACCGUGGAUGAGUACAUCACUCAGUUCGUGUAGAUUAUUAAUUUGUUAUGUUACAUUUCAUGUCGUGCUUUUAGGUAUAUGUUAUGUCAGCACUCCAAAUUUUAUACUUGUAAUCGAAAUCUAUUUCCUUACUUUCACUACAAUAAAUGCUAUCUUUUUGCUUCAA